AUGACCAGGAAGGAAGCUCUGCGAGCUUUUAUGCAAGGCUGGGGAAAGCUACAUGGCUUUCAAAAGGGCUGCUAUCGCACCCCAGUUUUCAAGACCGUCAAUAUGGUGGGCUUUGAUAUGCGCGGUCUGACCCCCGCUCCGGUCACCCCCUUCACUCCCGAUGGCGCUGUUGACUAUGAAGCAAUUCACCGUCUCGGUUCCUGGCUCGGCAGUAUUGAUGGCGUCAAGGGUCUCGUAGUUCUCGGCCAUGCUGGCGAGGGCACCUUUCUCACCCCACAAGAGCAAGAGUCCGUCGUCAAGGCAUUUGUCAAGUCUGUGGAUAACAAGACCCCCAUCAUCGCCGGUAUCACAGGAGAGGGAACGGAAGUUGCUGCCCUCGAGGCUAAGCGUGCAAAGGACGCUGGUGCUGCUGCGGGUCUUCUUUACCCGUCUCACGGCUGGUUGCGCUUUGGAUAUCAGCCUGGCGCACCGCAGGACCGUUACAAACGCGUUUAUGAAGCCAGCGGUCUCCCGCUGAUCCUUUUCCAGUACCCCGACAAUACCAAGGCCACGUAUAGCCUGCAGACUAUGCUCGAUAUCUCAGCUCAGCCCGGUGUGUUUGCUAUGAAAAAUGGAGUACGCAAUAUGCGUCGCUGGGAUACUGAGAUCCCUGUUAUUCGUCGCGAGCGUCCUGACCUUCAGAUUCUCAGCUGCCAUGAUGAAUACCUUUUACACACGGCUUUUGAUGUGGAUGGGUUCCUUGUCGGGUACGGCAACAUUGCGCCGGAGCCGUUGAUUGAGUUGAUCGCGGCUGGCAAGGAAAAGGACUAUAAAAAAGCGCGCGCAAUCCACGACCAGCUCCUCCCGGUAACCAAGAGUGUGUAUCAUCGAGGAUCGCACAUGGAAGGCACUGUUGCUCUAAAGCAUGCUCUUGUUGCGCGUGGAAUUCUUACGCAUGCCACGACACGGUCUCCUCUGCUUCCUCUUGAGCCUGGCGCUGAGCAGGAGAUUCACGCUGCCAUUAGUGCGGCUGCGCUGAGCAAGGUUGCUUGA